UAUCGCCACCCACUUUUUCUCCCAUCAAGCUGCGCGCCUGGCCGGGCCUCAUCCCCCUUUUUUUUUCUUUUUCUUUUUUUUUUUUUUUUUUGUGCCAUCCGGGUCUCUCGCGCAAGGGAUUCAGUCUGUGGCGAAGCUUCGAGGCGGCCAGUACUGUUGAGUGCGGGCAAACAGAGGCGCCGCCUUAGCGGCCGGGACUCAAAAAAAUAAUGGCGGCUAUUGAUACAGAACGAGAUGGAUUAGCCCUAGAAAAGACAUCACCGGAUAGAGAAAAGAAAAAAGAGCAGUCAGAUAUAUCUAUUUCUCCUAGAGCCUCAAAACAUCAUUAUUCAAGGUCGAGGUCAAGGUCAAGAGAAAGAAAACGAAAAUCAGAUAAUGAUGGAAGGAAGCACAGGAGCCGGAGCAGAAGCAAAGAGCGUGCUAAUGCGCGAAGAGACUGAACUGAAGACGCUGCAGACUCAGAUAGCAAAAUAAUAAGCCUACUUCAUGAUAAGAACCAACUUCUUGUUAAAACAGGGAAGAAGACAUGAGUCCAAAGAUAAGUCCUCUAAGAGACACAAGUCUGAGGAGCACAAUGACAAAGAACAUUCUUCUGACAAAGGAAGAGAGCGAUUAAAUUCAUCUGAGAAUGGUGAGGACAGACAUAAACGCAAAGAAAGGAAGUCAUCACGGGGCAGAAGUCACUCAAGGUCUAGAUCGCGUGAGAGGCGCCACCGCAGUAGAAGCAGGGAAAGGAAGAAGUCUCGAUCGAGGAGUAGGGAUCGGAAAAAGUCUCGAUCCAGAAGCAGAGACAGGAAGAAGUCAAGAUCUAGAAGCAGGGAUAGGAAACGAAGGAUCAGAACUCGUUCCCGAUCCAGAUCCAGACACAGGCAUAGGACUAGAAGCAGGAGCAGAUCAAGGAGUCGAAGUCGAGAUAGAAAGAAGAGAAUUGAAAAACCAAGAAGAUUUAGCAGAAGCCUAAGCCGGACACCUAGUCCACCUCCCUUCAGAGGCAGAAACACAGCAAUGGAUGCCCAAGAAGCAUUAGCUAGGAGAUUAGAAAGGGCAAAGAAAUUACAAGAACAACGAGAAAAGGAAAUGGUUGAAAAGCAGAAACAACAAGAAAUGGCUGCAGCUGCAGCCACUGGAGGUUCAGUUCUUAAUGUUGCUGCACUGUUGGCAUCAGGAACACAGGUUACUCCUCAGAUAGCUAUGGCAGCUCAAAUGGCAGCCCUGCAAGCUAAAGCCUUGGCAGAGACUGGCAUAGCAGUGCCCAGCUACUAUAACCCAGCAGCUGUGAAUCCAAUGAAGUUUGCUGAGCAAGAGAAAAAGAGGAAAAUGCUCUGGCAAGGCAAGAAAGAAGGCGACAAAUCUCAGUCCGCCGAAAUCUGGGAAAAAUUGAAUUUUGGAAACAAGGACCAAAAUGUCAAAUUUAGGAAGUUAAUGGGCAUUAAGAGUGAAGAUGAAGCUGGCUGUAGCUCCGUUGAUGAAGAAAGUUAUAAGACUUUGAAGCAACAAGAAGAAGUUUUUCGCAAUCUUGAUGCUCAGUAUGAAAUGGCAAGAUCACAAACCCACACACAAAGAGGAAUGGGUUUGGGUUUCACAUCUUCAAUGCGUGGAAUGGAUACAGUUUGAAAAAAUAUCAAUUUGGGACUUUAUAGACUUGUUCUGAUGUUGGGUCCUUGUUCACCACACAGCUAGUAUUCUAGCUUGCAUGGGUGUUGCAUUGACUUUAAUUUAUUGAAAAAUACGAUUUUUUUGUAAAUAUCAGAUCAGUGAUACUGGUGUUAGUGUUGUAAUCAGGUUCAACCCACUUCCAUUAAACUUGACAGGACUAUAGAAGGACAAUAUUUUUUAGUUCAUGAAUUCUACUUUUCAAAUAUAUUAAAGCUUCGGGUGGGAUAAAAUCUCAUGCAUAGAUUUUUCUCGUGUCCGCUGUCUUGUGUACUUUUGUACUUAACCUUGUACAGUUAUUUUCAUCUCUUGAAACAUGAAAGAAAUGUUAUGUAGAUGUUCUUUAGAAGAUCUGGCCAUUUGGUACAUAAUCCUGCACACAAGCUGGGCAGUGAUAAUAAAAAUGGUUUUCUCAAAA